CUCAACAUGCGCGCUAUCUAUUUACUUUCUGGUCUUCUCGCUUGUGCAGCACUGAUCUCGGCGGCUCCUACCAAGCGCUGGGUGCCUGCUGGAUUCGCUACGACAAAUCGUGAAUCCUUCGAGGUCGAUGGUCGGCCGUUCAAUUAUGUUGGCACCAACUCUUACGUAUGUGGUUGCACACUCCUGAUAUCGGUCUGUCUGAACUGUCUAAUACUGGUUGCCGUUGUUGUUUUGCGUACCUGGGGUUUCAACGCGAUCAACCAGUCCGAACUGGCUGGUGCAAUGGAAUCCAUUUUGACCUACUGUCAACUCUGGAACGGCCCAAAUUACACUGUCAACUACGGACCUCAAGGGUUGGAGCGUUUGGAUAAUAUUGUCAGCAAGGCUGAGCUGUAUGGAAUUAAGUUGAUCACCAACAACUGGGUCGGAUAUGGCGGGUCCGAUCUGUAUGUGCAAUGGAUGGCAGACGCCAGCAGCCCACAUGAUACUUUCUACACCGACCCAACCAUCAUAGCUGCAUACCAAGAAUACGUCAACAUCAUGGUUCAGCGCUACAGGAAUUCCCCUGCUAUCUUCUCUUGGGAGUUGAUGAACGAGGCUCGCUGUUCUAGCGACAGCCUUCCAGCGAGCGCCAGCUGCACUCCAGCAACAUUGACCUCAUGGUACAAACAGCAGAGCGAUUACGUGCGCAGUCUAGAUCCUUAUCAUAUGAUGUCUACCGGUGGUGAGGGACAGUUCGACUGGUCCACUCCAGAAUAUUAUUGGUAUGACGGGCAGUACGUACCCGACUACAACUACGACGGGGAAGCUGGGGAAUCUUUCGAUGACGUAAUCGCACUUCCCAAUAUUGACUUCGGGGUUUAUCACAUGUAUCCCGAGACGUGGUACCCGCAGUUCUUCACGUAUGCCAAUUGGAGCUACGAAGAUUGGGGCGCGACUUGGAUCACCCAGCAUGCGACUGCUGCCCACGCCGUCGGGAAGCCAAUUGUCCUGGAGGAAUUCGGCUCUCCAGAGAACUCGAACAAGACUGCUUGGUAUCCGACCUGGGUGCAAACGGCUGUGAACACAAAUCACGCGGGAAUAAUGCCCUGGCAAUUCGGUCAACUUGGGCUUACCGAGGACGGUGGAUAUCGCACGAUCAAAUAUCAGGAUCAGAUCUUUCGCGGCGCUUCACCUAACGACACCUAUACAUUCUACAAGAAUGAGACAAUGCUGUGGAGUUUGUUUUCGGAGACAGCGGCCCUGUACAACUCUAGGGAUCAUUAAAUGCCGUUUGUGUCAGCCGUUUGCGGUGAUGUUCGGAGUUGGAUAAUAAUAUCAUGACAUUUUU